AUGGAAGGACUUAGCGCGUUCGAUGCCCUUACGGGGAUGAAGGGACAAGAAGUGGAGACGGAUGGCAAGGUGGAGAUGUUCCCCUCGUCAGCUGUGGCGCAGUCACACGCUCCUGGCUCGGAUGCCAACAUCGGAACUCUUCAGCAACCUCCUGCCCACCAUCACCAAAGGACAUCGUCCUUCUAUCAGCCACCCUUCGACAUUUCCGAGACGAAAGCGGGCGAAGCAGACAACCGCAUCCAGGCAGCCGACUCAGCCGAUCAGCAGCAAAAAGAUUCGACGAUGGUCAGCACCAACACUGCCAGCGACUCGGCCAUGAUGCCCGCGCAAGCAGCCGCGAACGGCGUCGGAAAUGCCCUGGCGCCCACCGACAAGGCUGUCACCAACACGGAUCAGGCAGCCGACAACAGCCCGCAGUCGGCAGCGGUCAGAAAGAUUCGCCCCGACGAGUAUUUGUCGGUUUCAGACGCGGUGCCAGUUCUCAGCGCCGAGGGGCAUCUGCCUCGUGGCAAGGGCGACUUUGGCGGUCCCUUUGUUCGGCGGAGCGGAGUGGAUGCUCGCAUUUCCAGCUGCCCGGCGCAGCACGCUCGUUCGAGGGUGGGCCGGCCGGGGCUGGCUGCCAAAGGGCAGGCCAAGGUUGUCAUCCCCGCCGUUGGCACAAGGCAGAGUGCAACCCUCGAAAAUGUGCAAACGCUGCGCCGAGAAACCCUCUUUUUCGUGCAGCUGGUUACGCCGACUCUGCAUGCAGAGUUGCGACCGGCUGAACGGGGUGCGCCCCCUUUGAUCCCCCACUCGACACGGACCUCCUUCUCUCCACGGGCGACUGCACGCAAAGAAGCGGACAACAAAGGCGCCGGUCUUUGCGAACCAGACUGCCUGUUGCGCACUGCCUCGUCGCUCGGUGUCACUUUGCGCCGAACGCUUGGUGCCGUGGCGCACCCUGCCGAGGGGAUGGCGCCGUCUUCCUUUAUAUCAGCGACUCAUCCCUGCCUUGGCCCCUUUGAUCCCGUCCAGUUCAGCCGCAUCCUCGUCGCCACAACUUCUGCCAUCACCCAACUGCGCAAAGCAACGGAUCUUCUGACAACUUCCAUCCGUCUUUUCAUCCCCACCCUGCUUUUGCUUGCAACCAUGGCGACCUUUGAUCACGCCCACGUCUACCUCGACAACGUCUGCUCCACCUCGGCCGCCGCUCUUCACUACAACAUGUCCAACAUGUCGAUCGCCAAUGUCGCGCCUUCAUCUGUUGCGUCGGACCGCACCGUCCAACGCCAUGCUGGCGCUCUUUGCGACGACGUGCCUACGGACUCCGAUUCUGCGACUUCAACGUCUGCGUCUUGCUCCAUGUCCGCCUCCUCGUCUCGCAACGUCGCCGCUUCGCGACCUUCGCAACACCACGACUGGAAUCCUGCCCCAUCCGUUCUGCCCGCUACUUCGGGUUCUGCUUCGUCUCAUCGCCCACCGUCGAAAUCGCAUUCGACGUCCUCGGUCGAUUCGCUCGCCUCCAUCAUCUCCAACGGUCCUUCAACGCCGACUUGCGACGUCGACAAUGUCUGCUUUGACAUGGAACCGAUUGCCAAAUCCAAUCGGGGCGCUGCCGAAUCAUACAACGCGCAAAAACAUCAACUGCCGCAUCGUCCUUCGCAACCGCCGCAACCGUCCGUCCCUCAACCAACGGCGCCUUCGCACGCAAAUGCGAAUGCUGCCGUCGCCCCCGCCGCUGCCGCUCCGCAACCCGUCUCGCGAAACGACAAAUACAAAAACGCCAUCAGCUUCCGCGUCGGCAGCAAGUACAAGGUCUGCGAGAUCAUCGGCGAAGGUGCCUACGGUGUCGUCUGCAGCGCCAUCCACCGCGCCACGGGUCAGAAGGUGGCCAUCAAGAAGAUCCAGCCCUUCGAGCACCAGAUGUUUGCGCUGCGAACGCUGCGUGAGCUCAAGCUGCUGCGCUUCUUCCAAGAGUGCGACGUCUCGGAGAACAUCAUCAGCAUCCUCGACAUCAUCAAGCCCAGCACCUACGAGGCCUUCACCGAGGUCUAUCUCGUCCAGGAGCUCAUGGAGACCGACCUGCACCGCGUCAUCCGUACCCAAGAGCUCUCGGACGACCACUGCCAGUACUUCACGUACCAGACUCUGCGUGCGCUCAAGCCCAUGCAUUGCGCCGACGUCAUCCAUCGCGACCUCAAGCCGAGCAACAUCCUGCUCAACGCCAACUGCGACCUCAAGGUGUGCGACUUCGGAUUGGCUCGCUCCGUGCUCACUGCCGACCAGGACACGGGCUUCAUGACCGAGUACGUCGCUACCAGGUGGUAUCGCGCGCCCGAGAUCAUGCUCACCUUCAAGCAGUACACCAAGGCCAUCGAUGUGUGGGCCGUCGGAUGCAUUUUGGCCGAGAUGCUCACCGGCCGACCGCUCUUCCCUGGCCGCGACUACCAUCAGCAGCUCUCGCUGAUCCUCGAUGUGCUCGGCACGCCCACGCUCGAGGAAUUUCACAACAUCAACAGCCGUCGCUCGCGUGACUACAUCCGCUCUAUGCCCUUGCGCAAGCGCAGAGACUUCCGCACCUUGUUCCCCAAGGCUUCGCCCGAGGCGAUUGACUUUCUGCAGAAGACGCUCACCUUCGACCCGCGCAACCGCCUCACGGUCGAGGAAUGUUUGCAGCACCCUUACCUUUCCGCCUACCACGACCCCGACGAUGAGCCCGGCGCACCUCGUCUCGACCCGGACUUCUUCUACUUUGACAUGCAGAAGGAGAGCAUCACCAAGGAGGACCUGCGCAAGGAGCUGUGGUACCAGGUGCAAGAAUUCCAGCCUCUUCUUCGCUGA